CUUCUUCAACCCCAGCACUUCCGUAUGGCAGGCAGGUGAGGACGCGUUCGGACGAGCUCCUCCUGAAGCCAGGCUCUUGUGGGUGCUGGGCUGCAGUGGUAGAGGAGAAGACUUAAGUCGGCUGGACCCUCUGAACAGAGCAUCCGCCCGCACCUGUCUGCCUGCAGCUGAGGCCUCAGGUCCUGGGUGCGUCUCCCGCAUCUCUGGGUGACAGCAGGGAGGAGGGCUUCAACCAAAGCCCGUGGUGCUUCCACAGAAGUUUCCACAUAGAAAUAAAAUGGAAGGAGAGUCCAGCAGACCGGAAACCCACCCUCCAGUUUUCUGCAAGAAAAAGACAAAGCGCUCUGUACACAAAGACAGACAUCGGCGGCGUGGCCGCGAGCCCCUGCCAGACGCCCCCCUGGCAGGCGAGCCGCCUCCCGUAACUAAGAGUGAAGACGAGAGAGAGCAUCGCCAGCGUCUCGUGUCUUCUCCUCCGAGAAAGUCAGAAAUCUGUGAUGAGACCGAAAAAGCCACUUCUCUACCCAAAAAGAGUAAAAAGAGAAAGAAAAGGGCUUUGGGGGUCGCCAGGGAACCCGGUGUCGUGUACGUCCUGGCGGAUAAGGAAACUGUCGAGGACACAUCAGCGGAUUUUGGAAAGGAGUUCGAUGUCGUUUACCUGGAUCCGAGCAAGGAGCGGAAGGCACUGAGGGAGCCGGAGGCAGAGGGACCGCCCGCGGCGACCAAGUGGCGGGCCUGCGAGUCAGAAGAGCCGCCGGCCAAGGUGCCGAAGAAAAAGCAUAAAAACCGUCGGAGGAAAGCGGCGUCCUGUGAUGCUGGACGGGCAACCCCAGAGGCAGACCUUGCCCCGCCCGCCUCAGAAUCCCACGAGGAGCAGGAAGCCCGGCCUGAAAUGGCCCAACUACCAGGGUCCGCGGGCAAGAGCAAGCCCAAGAAAAGAAAGCGGAAGCGGUCAACUAACCCAGAAUUCGAGGCCCGGCCUGUGCCCGAGCCUGAGGGUGCUGGGGCCGUGUACUCGGAGGGAUGGCGAGUGGCGGGCAAGGUCGGGACCGCGGGAGGCGGCAAGAAGUCCAGCGGCCUCAAGAAAAGGACUAAGGAAAGGAAGCACAGGUCCCCUGGUGAACGUGCCUUUGACUCCCCGGAAGGUAAUGGUUCCUUGAUUGAAGACAGUGCGAAACUCAGGCCACAAGAGGAGAAAACCCAGGCCUGUUCGGAAGAGGUGCAGAGGUUAGAACCUGCAAAUGAAGAAGAAAGCAGUUUGGAAUUGGCUAAAGAGUCUGAACCCAGAUACUUAUCUGAAGAUUCAAGAGAUUCAGGCGAUUCAGAUGUGGAUUUGGGUUCCGCUGUGAAGCAGCUCCAAGAAUUCAUUCCUGACAUCAAGGAAAGGGCAGCCACCACGAUUAAGCGAAUGUAUCGAGAUGACCUGCAGCGGUUUAAAGAAUUUAAAGCCCAAGGUGUCGCCAUUAAAUUUGGCAAGUUUUCCGUGAAGGAAAAUAAGCAGUUAGAAAACGUGCAGGAGUUUCUGUCCCUGACGGGCAUCGAGAAUGCAGACAAGCUGCUGUACACAGACAGAUACCCAGAAGAGAAAUCCCUGAUCACCGACCUAAAAAGAAAACACUCGUUUAGACUGCACAUCGGUAAAGGCAUUGCGCGGCCCUGGAAACUCGUGUACUAUCGAGCAAAGAAGAUGUUUGACGUCAAUAAUUACAAAGGCAGGUACAGCAGAGGCGAUGUGGAGAAGUUAAAGAUAUACCAGGCCCUCCACGGGAACGACUGGAAAAAGAUUGGCGAGCUGGUGUCUCGAAGCAGCCUCUCGGUGGCCCUGAAGUUCUCCCAGAUCAGCAGCGAAAGGAAUCAUGGAGCUUGGAGUAAAACGGAAACCCAGAAACUCAUCAAGGCUGUGGAAGAAGUGAUUCUAAAGAAAAUGUCUCCCCAGGAGCUACAGGAGAUGGAUUCUAAACUCCAAGAGAAUCCCGAAGGCCGCCUGUCGAUUGUUCGAGAAAAACUCUACAAAGGCAUAUCCUGGGUCGAAGUGGAGGCUAAAGUGGAAACCAGGAAUUGGAUGCAGUGUAAAAGUAAGUGGACGGAAAUUCUAACCAAGAGGAUGACACAUGGUCGGGACGUGUACCGGGGGGUUAAUGCCCUGCAGGCCAAGAUCAAUCUUAUUGAAAGGUUGUAUGAGAUAAACGUGGAAGACGCCAACGCCAUAGACUGGGAGGAUCUUGCUGGCACCAUAGGGGACGUUCCUCCGUCUUAUGUCCAAACUAAAUUUUAUAAGCUGAAAGCUACCUGUGUCCCCUUUUGGCAGAAGAAGACUUUCCCAGAGAUAAUAGACUACCUUUAUGAGGUAAGUCUACCUUUGCUUAAAGAAAAGUUAGAGAAGAAGAUGGAGAAGAGAGGGGCUGAAAUCCAGACUCCAGCAGUACCCAAGCCGGUCUUCCUGUUUCGAGACAUCUUCUACUGUGACGCCGACGACAACGACGACGACGUGAGUGGGGGGGAGGAUGGAGAUGAGAAAAGUUAAGCCGCUGAUGGUCUCUCCUGUCUGUUUUUCUAGGUCUGCUUGUAUUUAUAUAUAUGUCAAUAAAGCUAUUUUCAGUA